UGGCAGAGAUGUGUUGUGUAACCCACUGGUGAACAUAGAAGCCUUAUCUGUGGCCAUACCUGAGCUCCGUCACCUGAGAACAGCUAGCAAGCAUCUGCUUGAGAGAAUUGAGAUUGAAGUCAAGUACAGCGCAGAAAUUGUUGGUCAGACAGAGGAGAUGGAACGUGUUAAACGUGAGGAACAGAUGGUGUUACCUGAUGAUAUGGACUAUAUGAGUCUGAACAUGUCUACGGAUGCUAAAGUCAAAUUAGCCCAAGCCAGACCAGCCUCGAUUGCUGCUGCCAGUCGUAUCCCUGGGAUGACACCUGCAGCCAUUGUUCUGUUACUCAACCACGUCAGAUCAACAAAGCAGGCCAGAUACAAAGCUUAAUCAGUUUGACACCCCUACUUCAUCAGAUCAAAACUACAAAACAC